CGGUUUAGAUAUGUUCGAAAAUGGAUUAUGGUAGUUGGAAUAGCGAUAUGGGUAUCCUCUGUAUUCGCAUCGACAUUUGUUCCAGCCAGCAUGUUCUGGCUGUUCAUGUUUUUUCGUGGAAUGGUUGGAAUUGGAGAAGCGUCGUACGCUGUGAUUUCACCUUCGAUCAUCGCAGAUAUGUUCACCGGAACGAAUCGAAGUCGUAUGCUGAUGUUCUUCUAUUUUGCUAUUCCAUGUGGGAGUGGCUUUGGAUUUAUGGUUGGCUCAUCAGUGGCAGCAAUGACUGGCGAUUGGCGUUGGGGAAUACGAAUAACGGCAAUACUGGGUGUUUUGUGUCUUUUUUUGAUAAUCGUCUUCGUCAAGGAACCAGAACGAGGGGCAGCAGAACGUCCAGAAGGUGCACAUUGCACUGAAAAGAUUCGCACCAGUUACUUUGAAGAUCUUAAAAGCCUGGCAGGAAAUGCGACGUACGUGUUUUCAACGGCCGGCUAUACAGCGAUUAUCUUCAUGGUUGGUACGCUAUCAUGGUGGGUACCAACAGCAAUCGAACACAACUACGCUUACGAGCGUGGACUAAACAGUACAGAUCAGCUGGAUCCGGACACAAAAGCACAGGUGAAUUUAAUUUUUGGUGCUAUCACCUGUACUGGUGGAAUAGUUGGUGUUGCUGUUGGGUCGGUUCUUUCUCAGUGGCUACAUGAAGGUGUUAGUGUGUUCCGUUUCGUGAAGACCGUUCGAUCGGAUGCAAUUGUUUGUGGCUUAGGUGCUCUUAUUAGCAUUCCUUCCUUAUACUUCGCUCUUCGCGAAAUUCCAUACAAUAUGGCGGCCACGUGGGUGUUGAUGUUUAUUUGUGUUACGUCAACAUGUUUUAACUGGGCGACAAAUGUUAACAUGCUGAUGAUAUCGGAUGCUGUUCGUGGCGAUGAUACUUCACCCUAUGGAAAUUUCAAUUCGCUGGUGACGUCAUUCUAUCUUCCUAAUUUCCUUCUCAUCAUUAGCGCUGCUUUAUUUUUCGUCGCUGCGUAUGUAUUUGUGAGAGAUCAUAAGAUCUUCGAAGAAGAGAUGAGUGAGUGA